AUGAUGGUAUUGGAAUUUUUCAGUGACAGUUCUGAUAGUUCAAAAAAUAUCAUUUGCAAAAUGUCUGACUUACCAGGGCUCUCUAAGCCUGAGCAGAAGCCAGAUCUCGAUACCAGGAUCGGAAAGGAUAGUCCGUUUACAUUCGGCCAAAGAAUCCUGACCAGCGAGGAAGAUGUCUUCAACCACAACGCCUGGGAUCAUGUGGAGUGGGGAGAAGAACAAAUACAAGACGCCCAGGCGCAGAUAUCCAAGCAGUAUAACGAUCCUGUGAGGGACUUUGACAAGAAAAUGUACAAUGCUCAUCCCGAGAAGUACUGGGAUAUCUUCUAUAGAAACAAUCGUGAGAACUUCUUCAAGGACCGUAAGUGGCUCCAGAUCGAGUUUCCGUCCCUGUACGAAGCUACAAAAGAAGGAGCCGGUCCAAAAACCAUCCUAGAGGUAGGUUGUGGAGCUGGUAACACCAUGUUUCCAAUUUUGAAGCAAAAUGAAAACCAAGAGUUGAGAAUCAUUGGAGCUGACUUUUCAAAGAAUGCCGUUCAACUGGUACGCGACAGUGAGCAUUACGAUCCUGCUUUUGCGCAUGCUUGCGUUUGGGAUCUUGCAAAUGCUGAUCUUGAGCUUCCCGAGACUGUCGAGCCUCAUUCGGUGGAUAUUCUAAUCAUGGUUUUCGUAUUCAGUGCUUUGGAGCCUGCUCAAUGGGACCAUGCAGUCAACAACUUACAGAAAUUGAUGAAACCUGGUGGACAUAUUCUAUUCCGUGAUUAUGGACGGUAUGAUCUUGCACAGGUGCGUUUCAAGAAAAACAGGCUGUUGGAUGACAACUUCUACGUGCGGGGAGACGGAACGAGAGUGUACUUCUUCACGGAAGAUGAGCUGCGGCAGAUAUUCGGUAAGGUCUUCAAGGAGCGCAAAAUCGGCACAGACAGAAGGCUUCUUGUGAACAGAAAGAAACAGCUCAAAAUGUAUCGUAUCUGGCUUCAGGGCGUUUUCGAUGCCUAA